AACCCAGAGGAACCAGGGACUGUGCUUGCUUUUGCACUUUGCUUGAUUACCAAGCCAACCUGGGACAAUGUUCCGGCUUUUCAGCCAGACAAAGCGUUGCUUGCAGGUGAAACGGGGAUUGCAGACAUCGCUUUGCUCGGUUCAUUUUCCUGCAGCAGUACCACAGAGCAGGUUCUCUACAACAUCUAGCCCUACCCAGGCCCAGACCGUCUCCUCAUGGCCCAAGGAUGUGGGCAUCCUUGCUCUCGAGGUGUAUUUCCCUUCCCAGUACGUAGACCAGGUUGAGCUGGAGAAAUAUGAUGGGGUCGAGGCAGGGAAGUAUACCAUCGGCCUAGGCCAGAAGCAGAUGGGCUUCUGUGCUGCUCACGAGGACAUCAACUCCCUGUGCCUGACAGUGGUAAACCGUCUGGUGGAGAGAAACAGUGUUUCCUGGGACUCCAUUGGCCGGCUGGAGGUCGGCACCGAGACCAUCAUCGACAAAUCCAAAGCUGUCAAGACUGUACUGAUGCAGCUGUUUGAGGAUUCUGGGAACACCGAUGUUGAAGGAAUCGAUACCACCAACGCCUGCUAUGGAGGCACCGCUUCCCUCUUCAAUGCAGCUGACUGGGUGGAAUCCAGCUCCUGGGAUGGACGCUAUGCCUUGGUGGUCUGUGGGGACAUCGCCGUCUACGCUACAGGGAAUGCUCGGCCGACAGGUGGGGCAGGAGCGGUAGCUAUGCUGGUUGGACCAGAUGCUCCUCUGACUUUGGAGAGAGGUCUCCGGGGGACCCACAUGGAACACGUCUAUGAUUUCUACAAGCCAAACUUGGCUUCGGAAUAUCCUCUGGUGGAUGGGCAGCUCUCCAUCCAGUGUUAUUUCCGAGCUCUGGAUCGAUGCUAUGCCACAUACCGCAAGAAGAUUGAGAGCCAGUGGCAGAAAGCUGGGAUUAACAAGCACUGUACUCUCGAAGACUUCCAGUUCAUGAUCUUCCACACGCCCUUCUGUAAGCUGGUGCAGAAGUCCCUGGCACGAGUUUUGCUAAAUGAUUUCUUGGCAUCUCCCAAGGCUGAUGCUGAGAGCGCCAUCUACAAAGGAUUGCAGGACUUCAGGAAUGUGAAGUUAGAAGACACUUACUCCAGCAAAGAGGUGGACAAAGCUUUCCAGAAGGCCAGCCAAGAGCUGUUCCGCCAGAAGACUCAACCUUCCCUCUUCCUCUCCGCUCGCAAUGGCAACAUGUACACACCAUCAGUUUAUGGCUGCCUCGCAUCUCUCCUCGGGCAGUACUCUGCCCAAAAGCUAGCAGGCUCCAGAAUUGGGGUCUUCUCCUAUGGCUCAGGCCUGGCGGCCAGCAUGUUCUCCCUGAAGGUGUCAGAGAAUUCUGCUCCAGGCUCCCCUCUGGACAAGUUGGUAUCCAGCCUUUCAGAUUUGGGGGCUCGGUUGGAAUCCCGUAAAUGUGUCCCACCAGAGAAAUUUGCUGAAAUGAUGAAGAUCAGAGAGGACACUCAUGAUACGGUGGACCACACUCCUCAUGGGUCAAGCGAUGACCUGUUUCCAGGAACCUGGUACUUGGAACGAGUGGAUGACAAGAACCGUAGGAUGUAUGCUCGUAGACCGCUGUAGCAGAAGAAGAAGCUGCCGUCCGGAUAUUUGCAUACAGAGACAAAGGUCAUACCUUUACCAUCAGGAAACACAAGCAAACUGUUUGAAGAUGGCAUCUGGGUCCCAGUAACAUAGUAGAGUUUAUGAUGAGACCGAUUGGCUUGCGUGUAUUGCUGUGCUCCCUGGUUGUCUAUGGAGGAGGAAUCUACUUCUUCCUUUAUCAUCAUUUUGGACUGCCUUCUUUGCUGAAUUGUAUGGGUACAUUAAGUAUGUUAACAUUGAU